GCGCCACUUCUCCUAUGGCUGCGGACUGGUCUUCGGCGCGCCGGGCGUGGGAGAAGUGGACCGGGAAGCACGUCGGCUCUUCCGGGAUGCCAGUUAAGGCGGCGCUGCUUCUCAACUACGACCCGACCGGACCAUCUCGCCUCCUCCCCAUCAUAGCAGAGCAAGAGGGAGCAAGAUUUACAGCGGUUGAUCUGCAACCGUUCAUGGAUUUCUUUAGAAGGAAUAAUCUGCAGACGGAGUUCUUCUCUAUUGGGCCAAACCAAUAUUUAGUCACCUCAAUCCAUGAGCACUGGUUUUGUGCCCGUUGUGUCAACUCAGCAAAACAAGAGGGUGAAGGAGUUCUGGUUAUGCAGAUUGGAGCUUACUUAUUGGUAUCUAUGUAUGAUGGUUCACUUGGUUCGGCUUCACAAGCAAUGAUGGCUGUCGAUCAGUUUGCAUGGCACUUUAACCGGAGAACACAUUAACUGCUAACUUGUACUACUACAGUACCUCUGUUCUAUUUUAAUCGACGCGGGCACGUGCGUAUGUAAGCUACACCCUCUACACCACUCAGCGUCAAAUUGAUCCGAUCGGAAGGAGUAUUAGCUUGUGGUUUAGUAUGAACCUACUUAUUAUUCGGAAUCAUGAUCUGAAAAUACAGUGUCUGACUUGACACAAUGAUAUUAGUAGGUUCUUAGUGUAAUAACUAAGAUUCUCCUAAAUGUAGCUGAAUGUAAUU